GUAAUCGUCAAAACUUACUAAAAAAUGAAAGUUUCAGCUGUAUUCCUAUUAGUUGCUACUUCUGCAGUUUUACUGUCUGCUUCUGUGUCAGCGAAAAAUAUCGUUUGCUACUUCACAAGUUGGACUGUAUAUAGAAAUGGAAACGGCCAAUUCGAUGUGGAUAAAAUAGAUCCAUUCCUAUGUACACAUAUUAUGUUUGGAUUUGUAGGUAUUACCAAUGAAGGGAAAAUUAAUAUAUUAGAUCACUGGGAAUCUGAUGACGAUGGAUUAAAGCAUUUUUCUCUCUUAGCCAAUCUGACCCAAGUUAACCCAUAUUUGAAGAUUAUGGUCAGUAUGGGUGGAUGGAACGAAGGAUCUCAAAAGUACUCAGAAGUUGCGGCUGAUCCCGCAAAGCGCAAGCUUCUUGCUGAAGAAGUCGUACACUUCCUUGAAGAACACAAAUUUCAAGGGUUUGAUCUCGACUGGGAAUACCCAGGAAUAAGAGAUGGAUCUGAUGUUCAACAUGACCCAGCAAAUUUUGUGGAACUCCUUAAAGAACUUAAAACAGCUUUAUAUCCAAGAGGAUACAUAUUAUCCGCUGCUGUCUCUGGAGGAGUUACUAAUAUGGAUAUUGCUUACGAUGUCCCUCUUGUGAGCGAGCUAUUGGAUAUAAUCAACGUUAUGGUUUACGAUUUCCAUGGUGCUUUCGAACCAUUUGUUGGUCAUUUUGCACCACUGACUGCAUCGAGCAAAGAUGAUGCUGGAAAUGCUACUUUGAAUGUCAAAUCUGGUAUCCAGCACUGGAUAGACAGAGGAGCCGAUCCAGCUAAGAUGCACCUCGGAGUCGGCACUUAUGGCAGAAGUUUUACUUUAGCUGAUCCAAAUAACGCAGAACUUUAUGCUCCUACUUCUGGUGGUGGAAAAUCUGGCCCGUACACGGGUCAAGACGGUGUCCUAGGUUAUAAUGAGAUUUGUGAACUACACAGCGACUGGACCUACAUUUGGGACGAUGAACAACAGGUCCCUCAUAGGGUGGGUGGCAAUCAGUGGGUUGGUUAUGAAGACGAAAGAUCUCUCGCUCUGAAAGUUGAGUAUGCCAAAGAGAAAAACUUGGGUGGUAUAAUGGUAUGGUCCUUCGACACCGACGAUUUCCGUGGUAUUUGCGGAAGCGAGACUUACCCACUUAUACGUACAAUUAAGAAAACAUUGAUUAACUAAUUUGUUUUAUGUAAAAAGAAACAAAAUAAAAGUAUUAUUGGCAGCAUUA